CAGGUGGAACCGCAGGUGGGUUCAGGUGCCAGCCUGGCCUGGACCCGGCUGUGGGACCGACUCUUCCGGUGAGCGACAGAGGUAGUUCCCAAGGGCCUGGAGACCCGUGGGGACGGGCUCUGGGGUCUGAGCCCACCGUCCUGGCCUGGAAUUCCCCCCUGUACCUAUUCCCCAUUCCCGUGCCGAGCUGGACAGUUAGCCAGCCCGCCUCAACUCUCGGAACCAUGUUUGCAGACUUGGAUUAUGACAUCGAGGAGGAUAAACUCGGAAUCCCUACUGUGCCCGGGAAGGUGACACUGCAGAAGGAUGCUCAGAACCUGAUCGGGAUCAGCAUCGGAGGAGGGGCCCAGUACUGCCCCUGCCUCUAUAUCGUCCAGGUGUUUGACAACACCCCAGCAGCCCUGGACGGCACCGUGGCAGCUGGUGACGAGAUCACCGGUGUCAAUGGCCGGUCGAUCAAAGGCAAAACUAAGGUGGAGGUGGCAAAGAUGAUUCAGGAGGUGAAGGGAGAGGUGACUAUCCAUUACAACAAGCUGCAGGCGGACCCCAAGCAGGGCAUGUCCCUGGACAUUGUGUUGAAGAAAGUAAAGCAUCGGCUGGUAGAGAACAUGAGUUCGGGGACCGCAGACGCCCUGGGCCUGAGCCGGGCCAUCCUGUGCAAUGACGGGCUUGUGAAGAGGCUGGAGGAACUGGAGCGGACGGCCGAGCUGUACAGAGGAAUGACAGAACACACCAAGAACCUCCUCCGGGCCUUUUAUGAGCUGUCACAGACACACCGGGCCUUUGGGGACGUGUUCUCCGUCAUCGGGGUGCGGGAGCCCCAGCCAGCCGCGAGCGAGGCUUUCGUGAAGUUUGCCAACGCCCACCGCAGCAUCGAGAAGUUCGGCAUCCGGCUGCUGAAAACCAUCAAGCCGAUGCUGACAGACCUGAACACGUACCUCAACAAAGCCAUCCCAGACACUCGCCUCACCAUCAAGAAGUACCUGGAUGUGAAGUUCGAGUACCUGUCCUACUGCCUGAAGGUGAAGGAGAUGGAUGACGAGGAGUACAGCUGCAUCGCCCUGGGGGAGCCCCUGUACCGUGUGAGCACUGGCAACUACGAGUAUCGCCUGAUCCUGCGUUGUCGCCAGGAGGCCCGCGCCCGUUUCUCCCAGAUGCGCAAAGACGUGCUGGAGAAGAUUGAGUUGCUGGACCAGAAGCACGUCCAGGACAUCGUGUUCCAGCUGCAGCGCUUCGUGUCCACCAUGUCCAAGUACUACAACGACUGCUACGCGGUGCUGCGGGACGCCGACGUCUUCCCCAUCGAAGUGGACCUGGCCCACACCACGCUGGCCUACGGCCUCGGCCAGGACGAGUUCACCGACGGCGAGGACGAGGAGGAGGACGACGACGAGGACACGGCAGCCGGGGAGCCGUCCAGGGAUGCGCGAGGGGCUGCUGGGCCCCUGGACAAGGGUGGGAGCUGGUGUGACUCCUGAGUGCUCCCCGCCGUGGG